AUGGUGACUGGUACUAUUGCUUUGGCAUUGGUUAUUGUCGGGUUCGUUAGUUGUGGGUCAAAGCAAACUGCUUAUGAUAAUUCAUUGAAAUCUGAUUUACCUGAUUCACUUCCCAGGCCUCCUGAUGAGCUGACAUCCUCUCCACAAGUUGAAUUAAGAAAUGCUGUAAAUUCUUCUUCAACUACAUUACCUCAGCAAAAAAUGUCCAAUAACUCAUUAACUUCUUCCGAACUAGAGCUAAAUCUUCGGUAUCCAUAUGGUGAUGAAGAUUGGAACAGCCUCAUCCACAUCAGCACACUGACCCUUGCACCACCACAAGCUUCCCAUUUCAUAACCAUCCAUCGCACCAAUCUUAAUCCAUCAAUCCUUACCCCAUGA